CAUCAGCAGUGCAGCUUGCAUGGCAGGCUUGUCAAACCGGUGUUAGAGCCUACAGGGGAGCUGACACAGAUCACACCGCCAGGAGAAACCCACCUGUGUCGCCGCCUUUCGGUGUGUAGCUCCUCACAAUAGUUUUCCAACAAUCCCAUACUCAACUCUUUGAAUAUUUUGCGCACAUGGAAAGCAGCCGCAACUUUAGGUGAAACGGUGCAUAAAGUAAAACAAGGACAGAGAAGAUCUGGCGGCGUGAAGACGAAGAUAUCUCACCUUUAAAAAGAAAGGAUGGAAACGAACGGGAUCGCUAAAGAAACAGGUAUUGAGAGCAGUCGGGACCUCCAGUUCCUCCUGCAGGGGGGAGACCUCCUGAAGGUCCGCUCCUCAUCCUGGAAGAAGACCCGCUACUACAAACUCCAGGAGGACUGUAAGACCAUGUGGCAUGAGUCCAAGAAAACCUUCAGGAGGAAGCAUACCUGUGAGUGCUUUCCCAGCAUCCCACCCACAUUUUCCCUCGAUGACAUCUCGGCGGUGCGACUGGGCCGUCAGUCUGAGGGCCUGAGGAAGAACACAGAGGAGCAGGUGGAGGGCCGCUGCUUCUCUAUCAUGUUCAAAGGGCGCCGCAAGAAUCUGGACCUGAUUGCCAGCUCUGAGGAGGAGGCCAGGCAGUGGGUCAACAGUCUGGAGAAAAUGUUGUCCAGCCUCAGCAACCUCAGCCGGCAGCAGAAGACGGAACAUUGGAUCUACAGCUGCAUGAGGAAGGCAGACAAGAACGAAGAUGACAAGCUGAGUGAGUCAGAGCUCAAGAAUUUCCUGCGUCUGAUCAACGUCGAGGUGGAUGACGACUACGCAGAGGAGCUCUUCAAGGAAUGUGACACAUCAAAAACUGGAUACCUGUCUGGAAAGGAGAUUGAACAUUUUUACGAACUGCUGACCCAUCGGGAGGAGAUCGACGUGAUCUACCAGGAGUACGCUAAAACGAAAGGCUUCAUGAGUCCUGACAACCUGGUGGACUUCCUGAUGAAGGAGCAGAGAGAGAAAGCACCGCUGGCUGACGCACACAGCAUCAUCGAGAAGUACGAGCCCGAUGAAAAUGCCAAGCAGAACAAGUUGCUGUCCAAAGAUGGCUUCCUCAUGUACCUGCACCAUCCAGAAGCCCUGGUGCUCAAUCCGGAUCACAGAGAGGUAUACCAGGACAUGAGCCAGCCCCUCAGCCAUUACUUCAUCUCCUCCUCACACAACACUUACCUGAUGGAGGAUCAGCUGAAAGGGCCCAGCAGCACAGAGGCGUACAUCAGGGCUCUGCUGAAGGGCUGUCGCUGCGUGGAGCUCGACUGCUGGGAUGGGUCAGACGAUGAGCCAGUGAUCUACCACGGUUACACGCUCACCUCCCAGGUCCUCUUCAAAGACGUCAUAAAAGCAAUCAAGGAGUACGCUUUUAAGACAUCAGAUUAUCCAGUGAUCCUCUCCUUGGAGAACCACUGCAGUGUGGAGCAGCAGGAAGUCAUGGCCCAGCACAUGAGCUCCAUCCUGGGCAGCGCACUCAUCACCUCCCCCCUGGAUGACAGCAUGCCCACAGAGUUCCCAUCUCCUGAGGAGCUGAGGGGGAAGUUCCUGAUCAAGGGUAAAAGGUUAAACAAACUGGAGGCCACAUUUGCUCCUGAGGCAGCAGCAGCCGAUGACACAGACGUGACAGAGGAGGAAGAGUCCAACGAUGAAGAGAAGGAGGAGGAGGAAGAGGAGAAAAGUCAGAUGAAAAAGAAGCUGAAACUGGCCAAAUCCCUGUCUGACAUGGUGAUCUACUGUAAGAGCGUCCACUUCCACGGCUUCGAAGACGCAAGGAACAACCUGAGCUUUUACGAGAUGUCGUCUUUCAAGGAGGGGAAGGCAAUGGGGCUGGCAGAGGAGUCGGCUAAUGCCUACAUCCAUCAUAAUGUGGAGAAACUGAGUCGCAUCUAUCCAGCCGGCUCCAGGACCGACUCCUCAAACUACAACCCUGUGCCCCUGUGGAACGCUGGUUGCCAGAUGGUGGCCUUAAACUUCCAGACAAGCUGUUCAGACAUGGAUGUAAACCAGGGCAGAUUCCUGGUUAACGGAAAGAGCGGCUACGUCCUGAAACCAGCCUACAUGAGGGACGUAAACACAGAGUUCGACCCCAUCACCCUGACCCGAGGGGACUGGCUGAGGCACAAGACGCUACAUAUCAUGAUCAUAUCGGCCCAGCAGCUUCCCAAAGUGAACAAGAAGAAGUCCUCCAUCGUGGACCCGCUGGUUAAAGUGGAGGUGUUGGGAGUGCCGGCUGAUGUUGCAGAGAAAGAGACUAACCCUAUUGACAACAACGGUUUUAAUCCAGCAUGGAACGAAAACUUCCAGUUUGACGUGUAUGUGCCAGACCUCGCUCUCGUGCGCUUCAAGGUUGAAGACCACGACUCCACGUCCGGUAAUGAGUUCAUUGGACAGUUCACGCUGCCGUUCAACAGCUUAAAGAUGGGAUACAGACAUGUUCCUCUGCUCAACAAGAACGGAGACCUGCUCCCCUCAGCUGGACUCUUUGUACACAUCAUGGUCAUCGAUGCUGUGUAAGACAUCCCUGACUGUCAUGAGUCUCUACAGGAAACAAGGACCUCCCUUACACAGCCAUGUUAAAGCUGGUUUUAUCUGCUUUUUGUACUCCUUUUUGAGCUUCUAUUUUUUAGCGUUAGUUGAUGAUUAACUUAUUGGCUUCACCUCAGUAGUUUGAGGAGCUACUCUAAAACUUUCUUCUCAAGGCACAUAGUCUGAAGAAAUGAAAGAUCUCCAUCUGCAGCUGGAAAUGAAAUGCAUUAGGUGAGUGUAUGCAUGUUAGUACUGCGCAUGUCGUACUUUUUAAUGCUCAGAACUAACUGUAUGAAUUUGUAAGUGUUGCUGAAGUGUAACAACAUGUUCAGCUUGCGAUGGCAUUCAUUCUUCAACAUGGGUCCCUCAUUUCUAGUCAGUUCAUGUUUGUAUAUUUAAAUCUUUUGAUCCAAAUAACCGUUUUCAGAAUCUCGUAGAAACAGAAGCCAACUGAAGAAUAAUGUGCUCUGUCUUCAUCACCAGUUUAGUCAAUGAAUAUGAUUAUUUUUUAUGUGACAUCAUCACGAUUACUUCUUACCUUUUUGUAAAUCAAGAUGAAGAUAAAAGUGUAAAACAUGAA